AUGGAGAUUUUUACAUUCGAUAAUUGCGAUCAUUCUAAAGAAUUCCAACUUCUUGUUUAAUAUUAUUCAGUCUUUGAUGAAGAUGUAGAAUCAUCAAUCAGAACAAAAUCGAUUGUUGAUUUAUUGGAUGCAGGUUUAGAAAUCUAAGAAAAAUUUAGAAAUAAAGCAAAAUAAGAGAAAUAAAGUAACUUAUCUUUAAUUUUAUAGCAUAGAAAAAUUUCAAGACUCCUUUGGAUUUUCUUAGGGAUUCCUUAAAAAACAAAAUCGAUAACACUCUGUCUUUUUAGUAAAUAUUGAUAUUUUCUAAUCCACAAGUAGUGAAGAAUUUCGGAAAACCAAAAGUAGUUCAUCACAACGGAGAAUUUUUGUUAGUAGGUGGAUCUUUAGGAAAUAUUCUAUAUUAUUCUUAAUAAUAGAUGGAUAUUAUAAUUUAGUAAUAGAAGAUAGGAGCUGUCACAGCUUUAGACUCAUUAAAUGAAUUAGUGGCUGUUGGGUAUGAGAGUGGAUGGAUUAGCAUAAUAAAUAUGAAAAAAAAGAAGCAUUUGUGUACAUGUUAGAACAUUACUAAGUCGAAAAUAAUAGUGUUGAAAUUCAUUUUUUAAUCUAAGAAAUUUUACAAUGUGAUAACUUCAGAUGAUUUGGGAGUCAUUAGAAUUGUAAAUUUUCGAAAAGGAAUGUUAGGAUUUGAUUAUGAAAUAUAAUUGACAAUACCACGUUAAUAGUUUCCAAUGCUAAACAUUGUAGUGUUGUAUAAAAAUGAAACUAAGGAAUUUAUGGGAGAGCUAUAUGAAAAGUCUAGUAGAAUAAUUGGAUUGUGUUCACUAAGCAAAUUUUACCUUAUCACGGUUUAUAAGGAUGACGAAAAAAAAUUGAAAUCAAUCAUAGAGAUAGAGAAUCCACAUGUUUCAGCUCCAGAAAAACCUUUCUAUUGCUAUCUUUCUUGUGGUUACGGAGUCUUGCCUCCUCCAAAUUAGGACUAAGAAGAACAAUGGAAGGAAAAGCGACUAAUAAUUUUGCUCUGUUGGAAUUGCCAUAUGUUCAUAUUAAUUAGAAGCCAUGAUUAGGCAAGGUAUAUGACACUUAAACCAUUGAUUUUUAAGCAACAAAUACAUGCAGCUUAUUUUGUUGAGUAAUCAAUAAUAGAAGUUAUAACUGCAAAUCAAAAUAUAUACUUGUUUAAUACACUUCAUCUGGAAUUGCAUGUAGUUCCAAAAGGAAUUGAAUAAAUCCCAUAUUUCAUUUAAAAAAAGAAUUGGCCUGAUUCCCCCUUCACUUCCCUUUAUUAAGUUGAAGUCUUGAGUAAAGACGAAGGAAUUGCAUACAAAUAAUAUCCUUUACAAUAUUAGAUAUAUACUUUGAACAAAUAGACAAGGUAAAUCCAUAUAUUAGUGGAAGGAUCAAUUGUAACAGGCAGUAUUAAUAAUUUAGAAUAAACUAUUGAUAUUUUUAUAUAGAAUAAAGAUUGGGCGAAGGGAAUGUUAUUGAUUUUGGCAUUGAUGGAUGGAAGCAUGAAAUCCACUCCAAUAAAAUUUAACAUGUAGGUUUUAAAAAAGAAAGUACUGGAAAUAGCCACUCAUUACAUUAAGGUUGUUUUAGAGGAAAUCAAAACUACACUAGAUAAACAUAAGACUUUGAUUUAUACUCCAACUUCUUAAUUUGGUCAUUAACAAGACGUGGAGAAAGUUAAGACUCUGCUCUCAAUGCUUGUAGACUUCCUUUUGAGAGUUUCAAGUGAUAUUCUAUUUAAUCAAAUAUAUAGUAUCAUAAAGAAGUUUUUAAAUGGAGACAUUAGUAUAAUAUGUAAUGAACUGAGUUUAUAUCUGAAGAAUGGAAAGGUCAAAGUGAUAGAUGCAAAUGAAUAAACUAUAAGUAUUCUAUAUAUUAUUAAUUUAUUAGAUGAGAUCUUAACAUAUUAUGUUCAAAAAGGAGAAUAAUAAUGUAUAGAGGUUUUCAUUUAAAAAAUUGAUUAUUCAAAAAUUAAUACUGAAUAAUUGAUAUAAUUCUGCCUUUUAAAUAAACUGACUACGAGUUUGAGUUAUGUUUGCACAAGGUCUGGAGACUUCCUAACUCCUUUGGCAAAAUUGUGGGGAAUCAUUCAAUAAGAUAUAAAAAAGAAGGAUCCAUCAGUAGUAAUAGAAUAAGGAAAAAGCAUCAUCCAUUAUUUAGAAUAGACUCUACAUAUUGAAUAAUUGAUAAAAGAGAAGUCUGAUUAGAUUUCUUUAUGGUUGUUUGAAGUUCCCACAUUAUUUUUAUUAAUGAGUAUAGAAUUUGGCGGUUGUGUUUAGUUAUGUUACAAGUUUUUUAUACCACCUUAUGAUUAAUUUUUAGAUAAAGAAAGAUUAAAGAAAUAUUAUGUUAACAUGACUUAAGCUUUUUAAAAAUUAAAAUCUAUUAAAGAUUAAAAUGAUUUAAAAUUUCAAUUAACUUAAUUGCAAAUAAAAACAUUACCAGAUGCAAUUGGAUGGGAUAAGAUGAUCAAUUAAGUUGGUAGAUCCAUCCAAGCAAGUAUUUUAAGUAAGGGAUACACAGAAUAAUUAUAAAAUAAAUAACUAACUGAAUUAUUAUUAGAUUUAGUCAGUGAGCAUAGACAUUUGAUAUUUUUACCACUUUAAUGUUUGCCCCUGCCUAAUAUUUUACAUAAUGAUGAACCCACUCUCAAAUAUUGUUUGAUUUAUGCAUACAACUAAUUUAUAAUCAAUUUAUUUAAGAAAUACACAACUGUUGAUAAAGAAGAUAUUUUGAAUUCGAUGGCAUCAGAUGGAUAGUUUGAUUGGGUCAAAAUGUAUUUGAAUGAAGAACUUAAAAGUUACAGUAGAGCUUUGGAUUACAGAAUCAAAAUAAAGAAUCAAUUACAACAAUUUAAUAUCUAAGUGAAAUUUGAAAUCUUCACUUGGAUUUCCAAAAUUUUAUCGAGAGACCCUCCAAUUCCAUAAAUUGACACUUUUAGAGAUAGAAUUCUACAUCACAUUGGAUCUUUGGUUUCUUAUAGUGCUAUUCACACCAGAUCAUUGAUUUCUAAAUAUUUUUAAGCCAAUGACAUCAGCAUCCUCAAUAAGAUGGGAGAAUUGCCUAAGUUAUAGUUAGAAUAUCUAGAAUAAAUAAUGUAAGUUGAUAGAAAAUAAUACCAAUCUAAUACAGAUUUGUUAAAACUUUAUAUAAAAUUACUCUGUUAAAUUAAACCCGAGAAAGUUUUAAAGGAACUACAAGAAUAAGAAUAUCCUUUAGAUGAUAUAAUUGGAGUAUUAAAAUAAUAUCCUGUUCCUGAUGCUUUGGUAUAUUUGCUUGAAAGAUCAGGGGCAAUUACAGAAGCAAUCAGUGUAAAAUUAGACGAUUUUAUAUAAAAAAUACAAUAGAAAGCGUUUUUAAGCAAAGUAUUUAUUUAAUUUGAAUGAUUUAGAGUGAGUUUUAUUUGUAUUUUUUGGAAAUUUGUAACAUCUGCUUUAGAAAUAAGAAACUAGACGAAUUGGACGAAUCCUGGGAUAUGGUGACUUAAUGCAUUUUGGAACUCUCACAAAAUAGAUAUACUCCAUAACCCUAUCCAUCUUAUUUAGAGGAAUAUAUUCCAUUAUUGUUGAAGAAGUGGGCAGAAUGUAGUCAUUUAGAUGCAUUUCUUCAUAAAAUUACAACUAAAUAUAUGAGGCUAAGUUCAGCUAAACUUAAAAUGACAUUUUUAUCAAUGUAUACACAUAUCAAUUUCUCUACUACGGUUUAUACAAAAUUGGUCGAUAUCAAUUUCAUUAAAUGCGUUCAAAACAUGAGAGCUUUAGUUCAUUUGUAAUUGAAAGGAUAGGGCUACUUACCAGGUUGUUAUUCCUGUUACAAUUAUUAUGAAUAUGAUUAAUAACUUCAGCCAAUAAUAGUUUUAGCUUGUGGUCACACCUUCCAUUUUAAUUGUCUGAAUCUGGAUGAGAAGGCUUAGUAUCAUUGUCCAGUUUGUUUGAAGAGUCCAAGAAUUGCAAUUGUUCAUUUACUUCACCAAUUGAAAUCCAAAAAGUAUUUACUUAAAUCUGAAAAUUAAUAAUAAUAAUAAAAUAUAAGGAAUUAAAAUCCUUUGGUUGUGAAUAUCAUUAAGCAAGGAUAGAAGAAGUAGUAGGAGAUAGAUUAGAAUUUGAAAUUCACACAAAAUGAAAGUGAGGAAGAUGUUAAGAGAAUGAAAUAGCUGGAGAAGUUAAAAAAGUUCGAAUAGUAAAAAUUGAAUCGAUUGUAAAGAAUUUGUUAAGGAGUUAUGCCAUAUUGA